UCCGCUCUGUUAGCUUGUUACCGGUGGAACACCUGCAACAACCGAUGGGCGGACAGCGACGAUCUUUACCGACGGAAGACGAUCGCUUACCAGUAGCUCAGGUCCUUCUAACCGGGACAAAGACACAACAUUGAGCCGUGAGGAUUUUAUCUGAAGACCCAGAGACCAAAAUCUUCUCAAAAGGACCUCGUUUAAUGAGCGGAGACUGUUAAGUUGGAGGCAGCAUGUCCGAGCAGCUCGAUCCCGAGGAUCCCGCUUCAGAGGAGUCAGAGAGAGACAUCUACAUGCGCUUCAUGAAGUGUCACAAAUGUUACGACCUGAUCCCCACCAGCUCUAAACUGGUGGUGUUUGACACCACGCUGCAGGUGAAAAAAGCGUUUUUUGCUCUGGUGGCAAAUGGAGUGAGAGCUGCUCCGCUGUGGGAGAGUAAGAAGCAGAGCUUUGUGGGGAUGUUGACCAUCACAGACUUUAUUAACAUCCUGACCAGAUACUAUAAAUCCCCCAUGGUUCAGAUCUACGAGCUGGAGGAACAUAAGAUAGAGACGUGGAGAGAGCUUUACCUCCAGGAGACCUUUAAACCUCUGGUCCACAUCUCACCCGGUGCCAGUAUCUUCGAGGCCGUCCACUCCCUGAUAAAGAAUAAGAUCCACCGGCUGCCUGUCAUUGAUCCGGUCAGUGGGAACGCUCUCUACAUCCUGACUCACAAGAGGAUCCUCAAGUUCCUACAGCUCUUUGUGUGUGAGAUGCCCAUGCCGGCCUUCAUGAAGCAGACACUGGAGGAUCUCUCAGUGGGGACGUAUGAUAAUAUCGCCUUCAUCCAUCCUCACACGCCGCUCAUCACCGCGCUGUCCGUCUUUACGCUCCGCCGCGUCUCCGCUCUGCCUGUCGUCGACCACCACGGUAGAGUCGUGGACAUCUACUCAAAGUUUGACGUCAUUAACCUGGCGGCAGAGAAGACCUACAACAACCUGGACUUGACGGUGACCCAAGCGCUCCGACAUAGGUCCCAGUACUUUGAAGGAGUCAUGAAGUGCAACAAGCUGGAGACACUGGAUACCAUCGUGGACCGGAUCGUGAAGGCCGAGGUUCACAGGCUGGUGGUCGUUGAUGAGGACUCUCGUAUUGUCGGCAUCGUCUCUCUCUCUGACAUCCUGCAGGCUUUAGUUCUGACUCCUGCAGGUCUGAGGAGGAAGGAGUCGCUCCCCUCCCAGCUGACCGCUUUGCAUCCGACAGAGACAGGAUGUGUACCCGGAUCAUUUCAAGACCAGGCAGCGAGGCAGGCAGAGGGACAGACAGAACGGGGGACAGCGGAAAUGGCAGAGGGACAAACCGAUGGGGAAGAAGAGAGACAUUCAGAGAGACAGGCACAGGGACAGUUGGAGGGGGAGGAACAGACUGAGGGGAUACAGUGGGACAGGCAGGGAGACAGUCAAAGGUCCCAACACAGAGACCAACAGAGGGCGAGAUGGAGGAAGAGACUGAGGGGGAGGAAGAGAGACAGACUGAGGGACAGACGGAGGGGGAUGCGGAGGGACAGUCAGAGGGGGAGAAAGAGAGACCGGGGGAGGGGGAUGCAGAAAGGCAGGCAGACGGACACACAGAAAGACAGUCUGAGGGACCGCCAAAGGGACAGUUAGAGGGGGCGGCAGAGAUUAAGACUGAGGGGAAGGCAGGGAGACCGACUGAGGGGGAGACGGAGCGGGAGGCAGAGAGACAGAAUGAGGUAGACAAGGAGACAGAGAGACAGACAGAAGAGGAGGUGGAGAUUCAGACCGCAGAGGAGGGGGAGACAGGGAGACAAAGAGAAAGUGAGGCAGCAGAGAUGCAUGUAGGAGAAGAAGGAGGGGACUGUUAAAGAAGAAGUGGAAGAGAUGGAGAAAAGUGGAGGAGCAGAAAAAGAGACAGUAGAUAAUGCCGAGGUGGCAGCGUCUUGACACCAUCAUUGCUCUACAGAAAAGGAAGAGGGACCGGAAGGGCCGGGCCCAAGGAACAACGUUGAGGGAGUGCUGCAGUGCUGUGAUUGUACAGCUGCUCUGGGGGUUGGGAUGGACCGGGUAGGUGACAUGUGCUUGAGCCAAUGAUGGAUCUUUAACAGUUUCAACUUUUCUCCCAGAAAAAUAAAACAUUUUUGUUGUGACGGAUAUAUUAAUAGACAGCUAUCCUCAGUCUGCCUCCUACGCUGCCCACAAUGCACCUUGGUACGGCCUUUUAUUGCUAAUGAACAUCUGCUGUUAUCAUAGGCACCACCAGAUGCCGCCAAAUUGUCUGGCUCUAAAGUCAAAAACACUAACUGAUGGAAAAAUGUAUCAAUACAACCGGUAGAAGGGUUACUGAACAAAGAGUUUAAGAAUCAAACAUGAUUUAUUUCAGGAAUAGUUUUUAUUUGCCGAACACGCCAAUACCUUUUGUGGUACCACAAAAGUGCGUGUCUGUCAGGUCUUCAAGGUGCCUUUCAUUUCAGCAGCUUGUGAUUCAGCAAGAGAGGUUGAAAUCAAUUAAUACCAAUUAGUUUUCAUUGAAGAUAUUAUUCAAACACGGCAUACUAUGAGCUGUACAUGACAUUGUUAUUAUAAUGUAAAAAAAUGUUGCAAUCACUGCAUAUGUAAAGCUUGUGUAGAGACUGUUUCAUAGAGAAAUGGAACAAAAUGUAAGUUUUGUUAUUUUGGUGUUACAAUUUUAAUGGUUCUGUACAAAUAUUCAAUGUGUUUAGUUGUGUUCCCAUUUUUGUAUUUACUGUGUGUGUUUGGGGGAUGGGGUGCACACAGGACAGUUUGCAUCAACAAUGGUCUUUUUCUUUUACCGUUUCAUCCAAACAUUAAUGUCUGCCAAAUUGGGGCCGGGUUCUGGAGGCCAAAGGUUUAGCAAAUAGUUCCUGCGCGAACCCUUUAAUCUGAGCUAAAAAACAAAUGUGGCCAGCUGUUUCCAAACUGUCCUGUAUGAACCUCAAAUCAUGUAUUUUUUUUCAGUUGAUAGAAAGUGUUUUAUAAAUAUAAUGUAUUAAAACAGUAAAAUAUG